AUGUUGAAAGCAGAAACACCACCUCCGGCACCGGCACCUGAGCGUCAUCCCUUACCGGGAUCGAGGCCAAGUCCAUCAAGGAGCCGAGAUUCCUCGAGCACGACUUCGUCGCCCGGUUUGUGCUCGAAGUGGCCCGACCUAUCGCGACCACGAUCUAAUCCAUUUAGUUCUAAAGCUCUAUUUGUUGUAUCGCCGCAGUCAGGCACACUGGUUCCCAGGCACAUGAUGGCUCUAGAAAGCUCACAAACCCAGCCCAACAAUCGCGAGCAGAAUCAGAGUGAGGACCAGCCUCACGACAACGUGGACUACCUCGAUGACGAUGACCUGUACAGCGACCUAGACGACGAGUGGUUUGGGGAACUCGACGAGAAGCGCCCUCAGGCUACGUCUCCGCCUUCGUCUGACCCAGCCGAGCGACCAUUGCGAUCGCCACAGGAAGCUUACCCGGACUUUUUUGGGUCAUCACCCCCAGCUCUAGAUGGCCUGGUGGAUCCUGUUACGUCUUUUUUGCUGGCUUCGACCACAGGGUAA